AUGACUAGUGAGCAGCUGUUAGUCCGAAACAGAGGGCAGUAUCGUGGCACAAACACGAGACAGCUCAGUGCUAGAGAAGUAGGCAGAUUCAACGACCUGAACCCAGAGGAGCCCAUGACAGUGUGGUCAGUACACUCUGGUGACGAUAUCCCCGAAAUGUGCAGAAUUCCUCAACUAGAAGUUCCCACUCAACUACCACUGAGUUUAAGAAUCAAGGCACCAUCCCAGCCGAGUCCGAGUUACUCAUCGGUUGAUAAAAUCUUGAGAUGGGCUGAAGCUGUGAAUUACAGUAUGUGUGAAGUUGACAUAGUGGUUGGCAGAAGCUUGAUAAAAAAGUUGUGUCAGACUCCCUACAAUAGAAGACAGGGGUGGAAGGUUAAUCUAUACAGAUACAACAACACCCUGUACCUUGAAAGUGCCGAUAAACCCUAUGUUUCUUGGCCAGGUAAUGAACGGUACGCAGACUGGGGUAAAGUAUUCGAGGACGUGAUGAGGACGGGAGGGAGAAGAACGUCCGGAUACGCUUGCGAGGAUUUGGAUGUCAGGAUGCCACGACUUGUCCAACUAGGAUCUCUGAAGCUGCUAACCAACUCCAGUAUCGGCUGUCAAUUACCCGGGGAUCACCAGGAUGUCCUGGAGAACUACGUAGAGUUUAAAACAGCAAUAAGUGAGACAGAUAAGCAACGUGUAAAUUUCAAAAAAUUCAAAUCCAGGAAUAUUUGGGCUCAUUGUGCUCCUAUUGGAAUAGACACGGUCUACAUUGGAUACAGAACAGAAGAAGGAGACCUCAAAGAAAUACAGAAAUUCACGAUGAAAGAUCUGGAGGAGAUUGGAACAAACGAGUGGAAACCGGAAUGCAUGCUAUCCUUCCUAGAGGAGCUGCUGUGUUGGGUGCAAGAUAAAACAUGUAAUGGUAUGACGUAUAGUCUCACUUAUGAUGGUCAGGUAUUUAAUGAUCCUGUCAUGAGACUUGUUGCUUGGGAGCAAAAUGAUUUGGUGAGGAUUGUGAAGGCGAGUUUUCCAGAGGAGUAA